GACAGGUUGAGUAAGAAUGGACCUGAGAAUCUGUUUUAAAAUAGGUCUUGAACUGCUCAGGAAUAUUCCCACCAGAAAGCAUCUUAUAAAUAAAAACACAUAUUUGAGAAAUAUUGAUAUCAUAAAUAGUAAGAAUGUGGAGUUUCUUAAAUAGGUGAGUAGAGGAGAUGUGUGACUCUGAUCGAGUUGCAAUCCUCACAAAACGUUUUUGGAGAACUAAAAUGUUAUGAAGGUUUGUAGGAAAAGUACUUGAAAGUACUUCAUUUGUCUCCACUGCUCUCUGUGCCUUCAUACUCUACAGUUCAAUGCAUAAAGUUGAUGUCUGCUCUGUGGUGGGUUGUUAAAGGGAGUUCUGGGAAAUGUAGGAAAUCUCUAGAAUCAUUGAGACAAGUCGGGGUCCUUGAGGGUUCCCAGGAAGUCCAGAUCAGACUGAUGGUUUAAUGUCUCCACCGGUCAGAGGUUUAUCAGCUCCACACCUGCAGCUCAGACUGUGACGUCACUCUGUCUAAGGACAGGAGGACGUUUUAACGCGCGCACCUGCACUCCUGCUCGUGCGUCUUAACUUUGAAGACGAGGGUCCAAAGGACAAAGGGAGGACAGUCUCGUGGCUCGGUGUGUGUCUGUCCUCUUGUUGGACAGUAAGGAGGAGAGGACGGAGCAUGCAGAGCAGAGGGCAGGUCCAGGUCCUGCAGGGCGCGGUCUCCUUCUUCUCCCAGAAGGCACCUCAUCUGUCCUCCAGUAGGAUCUCUUCCAUUUCCAUUCCUGCCAGCAGCAGCUGCGCCACAGGGACGCAUUGAGAAGCAGAAGAAACCGCUGCGGGGACACCCUUUGACCGCCGUGCCCAACAGGCACUGCGCAGCCAGACUCGGUGUCUGUCUGUCUGUCUGCAGCGCUUUUUCUCACAGCUUCGACAGCUUUGAACCUGCAUGCCAAGAUAAACUCUCCUCGCCUAUUUAGGACCCUAACUCAGCGUGCACCGGGACAGGAGCGUGUCUGCAGCUGCAGAGGACAGGUCCAGGUCUCUCCAGCUCGUCUCCAGAGGCGCACUGGACACUUUUACGCACUGCAUGGACACUUUUACGCACUACAUGGACACUUUUACGCACUGCAUGGUCACUUUUACGCACUGCAUGGACAUUUUUACGCGCAGGGAAUGGACGCUUUUGGGGACUCUGGAAUGAGUCCUGCUCCAUUGCCUCCAAUCUAAACUCACUAAGGUUAUAAAGAAAUCCAGCGGUGUGACAUCUGGAUAAUGCUGCUCCAGACGCUGGUGACGUGCCUCGCCGGCUGCGUCUUCCUCCUGUCGCCGGUCAGUGAGGGCUGUGGACCGGGUCGAGGCUACGGGAAGAGACGGUCACCCAGGAAACUAGCACCACUCAGCUACAAGCAGUUCAGCCCCAACGUGGCCGAGAAGACUCUAGGAGCCAGCGGGAGGUACGAAGGGAAAAUCACCCGGAGCUCUGAGCGCUUCAAGGAGCUCACCCCCAACUACAACCCAGACAUCAUCUUCAAGGAUGAGGAGAACACAGGUGCAGACCGCAUGAUGACGCAGCGCUGCAAAGACAAGCUGAACUCUCUGGCCAUCUCUGUGAUGAACCUGUGGCCCGGGGUCCGGCUGCGGGUCACCGAGGGCUGGGACGAGGACGGCCACCACUCGGAGGAGUCGCUGCACUACGAGGGCCGCGCGGUGGACAUCACCACGUCGGACCGAGACAGGAACAAGUACGCCAUGCUGGCGCGGCUGGCGGUGGAGGCCGGGUUUGACUGGGUCUACUACGAGUCCAAGGCCCACAUCCACUGCAGCGUCAAGUCAGAUCACUCCGUGGCGGCUAAAUCUGGAGGUUGUUUCCCCGGCGAGGCCUUGGUGACGUUGGCGAGCGGCAAUCAGAAGUCCAUCAGUGACCUGCGACCUGGUGAGCGCGUCUUGGCGUCGGCGGGCAGCGACGGCAGCGGCGAGCUGGUUUACAGUGAAGUCCUGCUCUUCCUGGACCGCGCCCCCGUCACCUGGAAGCUCUUCUACACCCUGCAUACAGAAGCUGGAGCCCACCUCUCGCUCACCGCCGCCCACCUGGUAUUUGUGUCCGAGGGGAACUGCUCAGAGGGGGCGCCGCCGCCGGCCCUCGGCGCCCUCAGAACUGUGUACGCCAGUGACGCUCAGCCAGGACAGUGUGUGCUGGUGUCCGAGGGUAAAGCGGGGCGUCUGUCUCGGAUCACCCGGGUCAGCAUGAGGGAGAGCAGGGGGGCGUUUGCACCGCUGACCCGGCAGGGGACGCUGGUGGUGGACGGGGUGGUGGCGUCCUGCUACGCGGUGGUGGACCAGCACUCCCUGGCUCACUGGGCCUUCUCACCACUCCGGCUCAUCCACAGCUGGACUGGUUCCACUGGGAGCCACAGUGACGGGAUCCACUGGUACUCACAGCUUUUACACUGGCUGGGCAGGAUGCUGCUGGACUCCGGACGCCUCCACCCGCUGGGCGUGGCUCAGGACGACAGGUGAGGACGGGAAAAAGGUCACAUGGGUGGACACUUUUAUCAAAAAGAACCCCUCACGUUUUAUCCGGGUUUUACCCCAGGUACAAGCCUGUAGAGCUGGGACCAUGAUGGACCACCUGACGACAUGGGAGACGUUUGGGUUCCUGCUGAGGCAUGAUGGGAGUUUUUUAGGCGGGACAAAGAGGGAAGAAGAAGCUGUGAACUGACACAGACGAACUCCCCCGAAACCACAAACACAGAGCGUAAAUAAAAGAGCACUCCGAGUCAGAAUGACUCAAAAAAGUGCCGAUGUUUCAAAGACUUUUCAUGACACUUUUACCCUUGAAGCACUAUGAAACAAUAAUCCCUUAAUAAACCCUUAAUCUGCUCUUAAAACACUCCAAACACCUUACUUUACACAUUAGUUAUCAAUUAAGGUUUAGUGGUCUGAAACAUUUUCAGGUGCAAAGUACUGAAGUUUAAGGGAUUCUUAUUCAGUAUUCAGGUAUUUAUAUAUUGGAUAAAUUAAUGUUUUUUUCAGCACUUAAACCAUGCAGAUAAUCCAAUAAAAAUAUCACAUUAUAUUACAAUUAAUUACUCCCAUAAAACCCUUUUAUAAAAACCAUUAAAUGCAUCUUUGCUAAUGAUUAAAUACCACAUGGAAGCAAUCCCUGAGUUUUCAUCUUAAUUGAAAAAUGAAGGCACUUUUAUGGCACACUGUAAAUUAAGGGAUGGCUUAUAACUUGUUUAAGGGGUUUUUACCCGUCCAAAACACCUCUCAUAAACAAUCCAUUUAUUUAUCAACUAAUUUACCUUUAAUCUGGGGUAAAUCUUUUAAAUACCUGAAUACUGUGUAAGAAUCAUUCAUUCACACUCAAUCAAUCGUUAAUUGAUUUGUCAUAUAUAUCAAAUAUAAUGUGUAAAUUAAGGGGAACGUUAUUGGUCAAUUUCAAAAGUGUUUUACUGCUUACAAAGCCCUUAAAUCAUGCAGAUAAUCAUAACAUGUCAUAUUACAAUCCCAUUAAACGCCAUUAAAAUAUCUGAAUAACAAUGGGUGAAUUAGUGUAAUUCUAAGGUAAAACUGAAGGGAUUUAGUUUCAUAGUGAAGUCCACAGGGAUGCGGUGUUGUAUGUAACAUUAAUACAGAGAUUUUAGAAUAAAUGAUAGAGUGUAUUUAAGUGUUAUUUGUUUACAGAAAUCCAGUAAUGUUUAUGAAGUUAUUUUGGGUGAAGAGAUAUUAAAAAAAGAUUUAUUUUUUAAAUUAAAUUAUAUGGAAAUGA